AUGCCUCCGAGGCUGCCUGAAGCUUGGGAUGAGACGGACGAUUGGACCGAGGUUACAGAUGCAAAAGAGCGGCGCAGGCGGCAAAAUCGCCUGCAUCAGAGAGUCCACCGACGGAAGAGGCACAUCAAGGCAUUGGCAUCAACUCAGGCAUCAGACGCGGUGGCAAAUGAUGCCAGUGCUACACUUCUCCCUAUCUACAGUACGGACGACAGAACAAACCAGGCUCAUGCAUCAGUCCAGAACAUGUCAAUAUUCUACCUACUGCGGUGCCCGGGACUUCAAGCUCAGGCACGGGAAUUCUUGAAGAAGGCUGCAGUCGAUUGGAUCAUCAGCAUGCCCAUACCUAAAGAUCUUCCCACCCUGACCCGACUGAAUGCUUUCAACGUGUUGGCCAGAAAUGCCCAGAUUUUGCACAUCCCCGUUGAAUGUCUGGAGAGCGAUGAGGAUGACUCUCCGCUUUUUCGGCUGGAUUCCGAUUCUCGAGAGCCUACCCUUGCGCUGCCCACCAGUCUUUCUCCUACAGCCCUCCAACAAACAAUUAAGCACCAUCCCUGGCUGGAUUUGUUCCCCUUUCCAAAGCUCAGGGACAACAUCCUUUUAGCCCUACAAGGUGGUCAGCAUGAUGAGGAAGAAAUGAUUCACGAACUCGUUUGCGAUUUCCUCAACCUCUCAGCUACCGGUAGCGCCGUGUUGAUAAUUUGGGGAGAUUGUUGGGAUGAAAAUGGGUGGGAAUUUAGUUCAGAGUUCUUUGAUAGAUGGAGGGAUUUACUGGAUGGCUGUAGUGAUAUUUUGCAAGUUACAAAUGCUUGGAGAGCAAAGCGCGGGGCGCUUCCGCUUGAUUAUAUUCUCAAUUAA